AUGGAGGAGGUCCCCAAGGAAAAUCAUGUCCGCAAGAUCAACGACUACAUCACUCUCCGCCGCGUUUUCGACUCGGCCCCCGCUACAGGCUCCUCAAACAAACGUCCUGCGGAUGCGUUGGAACAAUUGCAUGUCUCAACCCCGCCAAAGCACCGCACCGUACAACCUGUCGCUGAAUCUCAAACCAUCGCUGGGAAGAAACGGAAGACGGAAUCCUCACGCAUGAGUACUAACGGUGCGGACCAUGCGACGCCGACCCGGUCAGCGACCAAGCCCUCGCUCAUCACGUCCUCUUUUCAACCCCACGCGCCGUCUCGCACAGCUCCCAGAACGCUCUCCACCUCCCGCACCCAACCCCCUACCGAAACCAAACCUGCUUCCUCACAAGCCCCUCCCCAUCCAAACCCCUUCCGCGACCGCCAGGGUCGCCCUCAGGAAACCCCAACGCGCCGCCCGCGGCAAGACCCAAAGUCACUUCGAGCCACUGGCCCAGCACCAGCGCCCUCGCGCGCCCACAUCCCGACGCCAUCCCCCCGCCGUGAGGUCGCGCGCUCUCCACCGCCCCCGGGGCGCAAGCCGGUUCACGCGCACGACCGACGCGCUCGCGAUGCCACCCGCCCCGCCCCGUCCGCGCGCCCGCGUUCCCCCGCGGCCCCGCGCACGUCGGACGACGCCGAGGCGCGCCGCGCUCGGCGCGAGGCGGAGGUGGCGGAGCGCGAUGCGAUGGAGCGCGAGCUGCGCGCGGCGGGGAAGCUCGCGGCGGGGGAGCACCUCCCGCGGCUCCGGUUCGAGCUGCCCAAAUUCACGAAGAGGGCUGCGUGA